AUGGCACAUCGUCAUUAUUUUAGGGUUACUUUGCUAUCAAUUAGUCUAAUUGCAUUCAUAUUAAUUGUGAUUAUUCUGUACGCUCGACACAAAUCUACUAUUCAAACUACCCCUGGCCCUACUGUCCCACUCUUAUGCCAAUCGCCUGUUUGUAUAUCCGCGGGAAUGGCAUUGAAAGCCAAUCUCAACGAAUCGGUCGACCCGUGCCAUGACUUCUAUGCGUUCGCGUGCGGGGGUUGGGAGGCGUCCCAUACAUUGCCAGACGAUAAGAUGUGGUACAAUAACUUUAAUAUACUCGAUGACAAUGUUUCCCACUCUAUGAGGAUGUCGUUGAGUAAAAACUGGUCGACAAGUGAUUCAAAUGCUGUGACCUAUGCCUCCGAUCUCUAUAAGGCGUGUAUUGAUGAAGAAACACGUAAUGCCAGGGGUGUGACCCCACUCAUUGAGAUGCUGAACACAGUGGGCAGUUGGCCUAUAUUGGGACAGUCGGGUGGCUAUAAUGAGACAGAAUUUGAUUGGAAGGACGCGUUCGUCAAACACGUGAUUAUAUCUAAAUCCUCGCCGGUAUUCGCGCUGUCAGUUUCCGGCGACUCUAUGAAUAGUCUCGUGAAUCGCAUUCAUUUCUCGAGGCCAACAGAUUUCAGAGGUUCAGGUUUGCACCGGAGUCAUUUUCUAAAUCCACACGAUUAUAUUAAUUAUUUUAGAGGCUACGUAAAGUAUAUGCUUCAAUCGGCGCUACUAUUGGGCGCCGAGUAUAGCACACAAACUAAAAUAGACAUUGACAAUAUAGUGGAGUUUGAAACCAAAUUGGCUCAGCUUUCACAAACUGGUGUGUUUUACGAGAAGGUAUCCUUCAAAAUGUUUAAUGAAAUGACGGAUAAUAGUGUCGAUUGGAUGAACAUAACAAACACUGUAUACAAGGAAUUGAAUGAAACAAUUCGUAUGAAAAGCGAUGAUUUGGUGAUCGUUGAGGAUAAUUGUUAUUAUAUGAAUGUAACACAACUGUUGACCACAACUCCCAAUAGAGUUAUUGCCAACUAUUUCGGCUGGAAAUUAGUUAUGAAUUUAGGUUCACAUACAACCAAACAGUUCAGGGAUAUUAGAUUCAAAUUCUACCAAUUAUUUACUGAAGUGGAAAAGGAUGUCGAGUUGUGGAGGAGCUGUACGGCCAGCAUAUCGUCUCAAUUGCCAUACGUUUUGAGUCUUCUAUACGUCGACCAACAUUUCACAUAA